GAGACUUCGCGGGAAAAGAGAGAUAGAGGUUUGUUUGCGCUCCACGCAGGGUUAGCGGUUGUGUUUCAGCUGAAGAACAUUUCGUUAUUUUUUCCUUCAGAAUGCCUAAAAGGUCCUGCCCUUUCACUGAAUCGUUUUCGACACAGUAUAAAAUCCAUGUUGGACAAAAGGAGCUGAACCUGCACGGAGUUUUGGGAAACAAAUACAGACAGGAAGUUUACGAAAAGACCAAGAACCUGCUCUUCAAUGGGACCCGAGCGGUAAUGGGGCGAAUUUGGAAGGUGGAUGCAGCGGGGAAGUGCGCUGAUGUGGAUGUGUGUAAUCAGGGUGAUGUGACGCCUGCAAAUAAUCAGCUGCUACUCAAAGGACAGACUCUGAUUGGGCUGGAUGGAAAACUGAAGAAAGGCAAGGCAGUUUCAGGCAGUGUGACCGCUCCGGCUGUGUGUGCCGUGUGUCAGAGGUCAUCAGGAGUAAGGACUGCGUGCUCUCAGUGCGAUCGCCCUGCGUGUCCCUCCUGCACACAGCAGUGCAGCAGCUGUUCCAGCCGCUGCUGCUCCAUCUGUACAGUCACAGAUUACAGUGAGCGUUAUGACAAAAUCCUCUGCUGCAGCUGCUCUUCAUGAUGAGGUGGAUGCAAAGAUGGACUGGAUCGAUGGCUGAAGGAAAGGAUAAAGUGUUUGUAUUUUGCUUGUAAUAAACUUUAGCGCAUUCCACUCUAAAUGAAUUUUAUAUAACUUUUACACUUAUAUAAUCGAGUUUGUGUGUACAUAUGUAUUUUUUUUAAUCAUUUAAAUAAAUACUUGAACAACU